CUUCAAUCUAAGAACGGGCAAUGGUUGGAAAUAACGCCUUCUAGCCAUGCCAUAUUCUUCCCCCAGGCCACUUCCCGAAUCCUGUCAAGAUAUGGCUGAUGCCUUAUAUUCAUGCUGCGGCAACUCGUGACCAAGACUCACCCGUUCUCAACAUCAGUCCGGUUUGGAUCUCCACUGUCGAAGAUCUCCCGUAUGUCCAAGACCAUGGAGUCAAUCAUCAGAGACCGUACCCGACUGGGAAACCAGCCAUAUGUCAACUGCAAGACCCGUAUUAUCAGCCUGAUGGAUAUUGAAAUCCCUGAAAAGGCAUCCGAUGACGAGUAUCGCCAGCUCUACAAAGCAUACGUUGCCAAGGCACCUACAAACUCCAAUGCUCAACUACUUCUUGACGCUGUCGACUCCAUCAAAUACGGUAUAUGCCCUCCAGUCGCAUUCCCCACUGAAACAGUCUAUGGACUCGGAGCAGAUGCAACAAACGAGCCGUCAGUUGCGGGAAUCUUCGCUGCGAAAGGUCGUCCCAGUGACAAUCCGCUCAUUGUGCAUGUCUCUUCUGUACAACACCUAGAACGGGUCACUGGAUCUGCCCUCCCCGAUAUCUACAAAUCCUUGGCCGACAAAUUCUUCCCUGGCCCCCUGACGAUUCUCCUACCCGUUCCAACACCCUCCCACUUCGCCAGAAAUGUCCAUCCGGGCCAAGAAACCAUCGGCUUCCGAAUCCCAUCUUCCAAAUACGCUCGCUUCUUCAUUGCUGUAUGUGACCGACCAAUUGCUGGUCCAUCGGCUAAUUCUUCUGGGAAACCGUCUCCAACCACGGCACAACAUGUCUUCGAUGACUUGCAAGGCAAGAUCAAUUUCAUCCUUGAUGCAGGGCCCUGUGAUGUCGGUGUCGAAAGCACUGUAGUCGAUGGUCUACAUGACCCGCCAUUGAUACUCCGUCCUGGUGGGGUAUCACAGGCUGAGUUGAUCGCACAUGGAAAUCGGUAUGACAAUCGAUUCGCCCACACCGCUAUCGGAUACCAGCGACACGACGAUCAAUUAAACUCCAUGCCGACAUCUCCAUCCGUACCUUCCAACGUCUCCACUCCAUGCUCUUCGAGUUCAACACUGGCUCUGGCAGGUAAAUAUGAUCACCAUGCCAACGGUGCUCCUCGCGCCCCAGGAAUGAAAUACCGCCAUUAUGCACCCAAGGGGCGAAUGACCUUGUUCUCCCAAAGGGCUGUCGAGAAUGACCGAGUCCAAACGAAGCUGGACAAUCUUGUCGAAGCAAGUCCGGCCAGUAACAUCCGCUUGGGUAUCAUAUCUUGCCACUGGCCUCCAUUCGCCGGCUUACAUCUACCAUCCCCACCAUCUAAAUCAUCACAUAUCGACACCGAUUCAGAUCCAGUGUCACAAUCAGCCUACUCAGCCAUCACAAAGACCGCCCACCUCAAUCUUCCCAACAAGACCAAUCUCACCCUCUACGACGUCCAUCUAGGCCCCGAAAUAUCUGUGCUCGCGCAAUCACUCUUUGGCGUCCUCCGGCUUUUUGACGACUUGAAGUGCGACUACAUUUUCGCCGAGACCGUGCGAAGAAGUACACCGUCUGAAAUUGAAUCCAAGACGGAUCUCAAUUCUGUCGAUGUUCCAAAACUCAUCGACCGCGAUCAUGUCAUCAAGAAACGUGACCUUGAAGAUGCUGUUAUUGAUCGCAUCGAAAAGGCUGCUGGCGAAAGAAUAGAUUCUUAACUCUUGAGCCGCGCAGUCUGCUUUCAUUGACCUGCGGUGCUCAGCUCUCACUAAUGAGGAAUAAGAUCGACCCUUUUUAAUCGACAUAGCCUACCCUAUCAAGCCAGGAGAAACCUGCAAAACGUCAUGUACCACUACGUAACCUGCUCAUACCCAGGA